CGCCCACUGGAUCACAUGAUCAUCGUCUUCUUGUCUUCAAGCCGGCAGGAUGAGGUUCCGAUUCUGUGGAGAUUUAGACUGCCCAGAUUGGGUGCUGGCUGAAAUCAGCACUUUAGCCAAAUUGUCCUCUGUGAAGAUGAAGCUACUGUGUGUCCAGGUUCUAAAAGACCUUCUGGGAGAAGGGAUUGAUUACGACAAGGUGACAAAGCUGACUUCAGAUGCCAAGUUUGAAAGUGGUGAUAUUAAGGCCAGUGUUGCUGUUCUGAGUUUCAUCCUUUCCAGUGCUGGCAAGCAUAACGUUGACAGUGAGUCCCUGUCUAGUGAACUCCAGCAGCUUGGGCUGCCUAAAGAGCACACCACAGGACUAUGCAAGUCAUACGAGGACAAGCAGACCGUGCUGCAAGAGAAGCUAAGGGAGAGCAGCCUUCGAUUGAGCCGGCUGGAGUCUGUCUCGUGGCGGGUGGAUUACACUCUGAGCUCCAGUGAGCUCCGGGAAGUAAAUGAGCCCACAGUGCUACUGCGCUUCCAGGUUAAUGGACCUGACCCAGCUUCAAAGGAGCCCAUCGUCGCUUCUCUCACUGCUGACAAGUUUCGAGUUCUAUUGACAGAGCUCAAGCAAGCACAAGUCAUGAUGAAUGCACUGAACUAAAGAAUUCCCAUGUUUAGAUUUUCCCAUUUUUUAUACAUGUAAAUUAACAUUGAAUACACCGGUGGCUGCUGUUGGAAAGAUGAAUCUGUGUAAUUCUAACGAGGAUCUGAAGAACAGUUUGUUAACCACUGCAAGUAGAAUGAUGAUGUGAACUCAGUCAGGCUUGCAACAAUCACUUCAGGAUGACAGAAGAGCAGAGGGACCUAUCCUUGUUAGGACAGUAAAGUGGAUCUUUUCUAUUGAGUCUGUGUGUGUUAACCACUCAUAGUGGAGUGUGGAGAAUGAUCAGCUUGAAUAGGAGACUAUGAAAUCGCCUACAAUGAGAAAUCACUUUUUACUUUUAAAAUAUUGUAGAGAUAAACAUUUUAGAAAACCUGAGAACUCCUGUUGUAAAGAUCCCAAAAACCAGGUGUAUGUGAAUCUUAUAAUUAAGGAAGAGGGAUAUCAUUUUUGUUGGUGUCUGUAGCUGCAUGCUGAUCUUUGCCUAGCCAAUGCUUUAAUAUAAUGUUCAGGUUUGAACACCACAGUGGCAGGCCAGCUAACCCAAAACCCACACCACAAAAGCAGUCCUGUUAGGGCUGUCUCAAUAAUAUAACAGCACAAAAACAGGUUAUAAAUCACAAUAGUUACAUAACAUACAAAUGUUAUAAAUCUCAAUCGUUGUCUUGUUUUUUUGUUUUUUUUUUACAUUUAUUUUUCCACACCUUUUAAUAAAGACUUUGCAUAUG